AUGGCUGAGUCCAAGCCUGCGUGGGGCUUCCCACGUCUGCGCCGCGCUGCGACGUCAUUUCCCGGCAACCUCCACUUGGUGUUGGUUCUCCAUCCCUCCACCUUGCAAAGCUCCGCCCCCAGCCCAUCCUCAAGCACCGACCUGGGCUUCCGCUUCAGCCACGAUGACUUCCUGUUCAAGAUGCCGGUUGUGAUGCUCCGGUCGGUGGGCGACCUGCUCCGCUACAUUGAUGAAAGCCGCCUGACGUCAGACAUACGCGGCACCGCCGCUGAUCAGUCUCGCGGUGACUGGAUUGUCCUGCGCUCGGCCAUCGAGACAUUCGCCGUGACGGUGAAGGAAGCGGCACACCUCCUGCAAGGCUUCGGCUCUGAGCUGUCCGACAGUGAGCUUCCUGACAAGGCAGACGCCGUCGACUUCCUGCUUCGCUCGCAUACUCAGCGAUAUCGACACAUGAAGGAGGACAUUGUCGGUGUGCUGAAGGAAGGUCGUCAUCUUCUGGACAACCUGGAGACACUCCAGGCAUCCAAGAAGGAUAACGAAGAAGACGUCCGGUCGGACUUGGCCACAGUUCAAAGGCUCCUUGCUCAGCUGCGUGACAUGGAGGAGGCUUUUGAUGGCUUCUUUGAGAAGCACCACCUGAAGAUGCAACAGUACCACCAGCUCCUACUCUAUGAGAGCAACUUCCAGCAGAUGGAGGAGGAAUUGGAGAAGAUGGCCGCUGAGGAGAAGGCCAUCCCGGCCGUGGGGAGCACGCUGAUGCAGACGGAACAACUCAUCAAAGAUCUUCACACACUGGAGCAACGUGCAGAGGAGGUGAUGUCCCGCGCUCAGGUUCUAAUGUUGCAGGGCCACCAGCUGGCUGCCUGCCAUCAUUACGCUCUGGCGCUCAUCAUGCAGCGCUGCAAUGAGUUGCGUCAUCACUGUGAUGUCAUUAGUGGGGGACUACGCGCCAAACACGCCACGUUGGCGCGAGCAAGAGACCUACUCUUUCGACUUGAUCGUGCUUUGCGCUGGUGCGACGAAGGUGCGUACCUACUGGCCAGUCAGAUGGUUGACCGCUUCCAGAGUCGAGAAGGUGCUCAGGAGGCCUUGCAGUACCUGAGCUGUCACCAAGAGAGGGCGCCAGACAUGCUAGACAACAAACAGGAUGUCCUCAGUCUGGAGUUUGAGGCGAUUCUCACGCCCCAGUUGCAGGGUCAGAUCGCCAUGGUGACGGAGAAGCUGGCAUCCAUGAGGGCCAUGAUUCGCAACAGGGAGCAGUGUCUUCGCAAGAUGGUCGAUGUGCGGGUCAGACCCAUCCAGCCAGUUGCACCGAGGCCUGAAGCGGAACCGGCGGAAACCGCCGAAGCUACCACACAGCACGGAGCCAAGACGCCCCUCUUCUCACCCAAACAUGGUGUGGACUUCAACCUUCUCAACUCCAGGUUCUCCUUUGACCUUCUUCCUGGAAAGAGAACCUCUAGAAGGACAGGCAGCCAACGAAAGAUUGAAGUGAUGCACGACUACCAAGGAAACCGAAGCUCUCUGUAUGGCUCUGCCCCCGAGAGCGAUUCGGAGGUGGAGGAAGGGGCUGAGCAAGUGACAAGUCGCAUCAUGAAGGAGCUCCUUUCCACCGAGAAGAUUUACGUGGAGCAGCUGCUCGCCGUCCUUCUGGGCUACAGAGCAGAGAUGGAAGACCCGUCGGCGAGCGAUCUCCUACCGCCGCUUCUGCAAAGUCACAAGGACGUUCUAUUUGGAAAUAUGCCACAAAUCUACCAGUUUCACAGCAGAACUUUCCUGCGGGACCUCCAGAGCUGUCUGGACGCUCCGGAGCGCGUCGGCCAGUGUUUUUUGCAGAGGAAGGAGAAGUUCCAGAUGUACGAGCAGUACUGCCAGAAUAAACCUCGCUCGGAGUCGUUAUGGCGACAGUGCUCGGAUUCCGCCUUCUUUCAGGAGUGCCAGAGGAAGCUGGAGCACAAGCUGUCUUUGGACUCGUACCUCCUGAAACCCAUCCAGCGUCUCACCAAGUACCAGUUGAUCCUCAAGGAGCUUCUGAAACACUGCACGGAGCCACACUACCGCACGCAGCUGCAGGAGGCUCUGGACUGCAUGCUGGACCUGCUUAAGUCCGUCAACGACUCCAUGCACCAGACCGCCAUUGUCGGGUACCAGGGCGAGUUGGGCCUGCUGGGCCGAGUGCUUCUGCAGGGCAGCUUCAGCGUCUGGAUCAGCCACAAGAGGGGGGCGGCGCGCAUGAGAGAGUUGGCACGCUUUAAACCCGCCCAGCGCCACGUCUUCCUCUACGAAAGGGCGCUGGUCUGCUGUAAGCGCCGCGACGACCACCGGCGCCUGCCCGUCUACAGUUUUAAGUCCUGCCUCAGGAUGAACUCCGUAAGCUUGACAGAAAACGUCAAAGGAGACGCCAAGAAGUUUGAACUCUACCACAAAGGAACGCAAGAAGUCUAUAUCCUACAGGCUACCAGCAUGCAGGUCAAGGUCACCUGGCUCACUGAGAUCCAGAAGAUCAUCACUCAACUGCACCAAGGUAGCAACUCUCCGCCCCCUUGUUGUAUCACUGCCUCAUGCAUUGUCAUUAGCGCAUCUGAGGCGUCCGAGCGGCGGGAAGGCUGCACGGGGUGUCUUCCCGUCACCCGCAGCUCCUCCGCCUCCAGUGCCGCCCACCACACCAGAUGGGAGGAGUCAUUCAACACCAGCCCCGCCCACUCGGACCCCGCGGUGCACUCGGUGGCCACCUGCGACAGCUUGGAAGACUGGGCGGCCACGGACGGUUCCGACAUGUCCGAUUCCGACGACGAUGAGGAGGAAGACGAGCCAGCGCCGCUAGUGGCGGGUCGCUACAGAGUCCAGGUAGCUAGCAGCGUAGCGAGCGCUGAUGACAUCAUUUUCACGUGCGGCGACAUCAUCCGGCUGCUGCGCCGUGAUGAGGACGGAAUAUGGUUGGUGAGGAAUGUCAGCCGUGACGAAGAGGGCCGUGUCCCAUCGGAGGACCUGCACAGGAUUUUGGGAGAGACGUGCUGA